AGAGCGAGCUGGAGCCGGGCCCACCAGGACGUUCACCUACCCGACUUCCACGAGCAGGGAAUGUAUAUGCUUGACUCGGGGCUGUUCCCAGCACCUAUGGCGUGUGUAACAUCCUUCAUCCAUCAUCACACUUACUAACGAGGCUUACACAGAGACGCCAUGGUUCCUGGAAGCCAGUGCUCGACAACAAUGUCAUCUACAAGUCCACAGAGCCCUCCGUACUUGGAACGGCAGUGUACAUCGCCCAGAGGGUUAGGCGAUGCCGAGUACAGCGUUCCAUGUCCCUAUCGCUGUGGGACGAUCCUGACUGGUGUGCAUGCUAUUGGCAACCUCACGCGCCAUAUCAAAUCUCAGAGUUGCACAGCGUCCGGAAGAACCAAAGCUAAAUACCCUUGUCCGAUCGGUGGCUGCGACAGAGAGUACACGCGGUCUGACGGGCUAAAAGUCCACAUGCGUAGGAGACACAACGCUCCACCAGCUCUUCCAAAGAAUGAUGCUGCUGUCGAGAACGACGACGACUAAUCGGGGCAUCGACUGUCUCGCAAUAUCCAUCU